AAAAAACGAACAAUUUAAAUGCAUGAAGCAUCUUAACGUGCCACAAUGAAACAUUUGAUAUUGUUCCAGCUGGGAUCCAAGACGCGUUUGAUUCAGCGUUUCACCCAAUUUUCAGUUUUCCUCACGGUUUCCUCACUCCUGCUGGACUCCAUAUCUUUAUUCUAACUUCUGGCGCUUCACCAUCUUCAUCCUCAGCUUUUUCAAACCCUAAAUAAGGGGGAAGUAGGAAUUUCAUCUUUCAUACUCAACUCAGCCCAAUAAUGAAAAACACAAAAAAAUAAUCACGGUGACUAUAAAUAUUAACAUUUACUGAUAUAAUAUUAACACAAUAUUAAGAUUAAAGUGUAAAAAAUCAAUUGAAUAUGAUAUUAACUGUUGCGCCGGUACGGCAUGUGGUAAAUCUCUUCCCAACCUUGGGCUGUGAAAAUGCAGUUUUAUUCACCUCGGUUUUUGGCUACGGACCUCGUGCCUACCGGCACUCGGUCCUCCGCACAAAAACCUCGGUGAAUAAAACGCAUUUUCCCAGCCCCGGUCGGGAAUAUAUAUAAAUAUCAAACCAAGGCCAUGGGUAUCAGACAUGAACUGCGAUUUCCGGUGGGCACAGUGACUUUGGUAAUUGGUAUGUCAAUGUCUUUGAAAAGGCAGGUAAGAUUUGCAACUGGUCAGCCUUGCUUCAAUUGGAUUUGUGUCCAUUAUAAAUGGAUUUCAGUCAUACUUACCUCAUAUGUUAUUGGUAUUUGAUUUCUACAGCCCAAAAUAUUGUUGGGUGUGUACAGCAAACUGCACUGAAAACUUUUUUACCAUUUCCUGAAGGGUAAACCCGCCAUAGCAUGGUAGCUUGACACACAGACGUUUUUUACCACCUUCCAGAUGGUAAAUUUUACUCUUUCAUGAAGAGUAAACUCGCCAGGGAGGGGUAACAUGACACACAGACGUUUUUUACCAUCUUCUGAAUGGUAAACUCCUUUGAUUUACUCUUGUCUAGAGUGUAACAUUUUUUGGGUUACACUCUUUGAAAGGGUAAAUCUUUAACGGAACCCUUUUUUAGGGAGUAACGCAUCAUCUACUCUGUGCUUUACCCUCCUACAGAGAGUAUAUUCUUAUGGCCUACCCUUUGUCACAUGGUAAUGUUUACUCUUUCCUUUAGUGUAAACCCCCCAGAGGAUGGUAACAGACCCACAGACGCUUCCUUCAGAAGCUUCACGAAGCUUCUGUUAACCGGAGCUCACCAACUAAAAAAAAAAUGCUUCAAGAGCAAUAUUUGGCUUCCGUACAAACAAUACGAGGGGCACACCAACCAUGAACAUUGUGAGACUCUUCACUUAUUCAUACAAAUUUAUACAAAGCGUUCAGCAAUGCACAAGCGGUAAAUAAACACCACGAUACAACUUGAAUGCAUUUUGAAUAUGAAUACAAGACAUUCAGCGCCCUCAUAUUGGAUUAGGCAGAGCGCACAAUAUUUGAAGUGAGCGACGGCGUUCCUGGGUGGUCGCCCGUCUGCGUGAGAUAAUGAGACUGGAUCCAGGGGUGGAGAAUUAGGGGUUUUGGGGGUGCUCGAGCACCCCCUGAAAUUCAAAAGUCACCGUGCAAUAGUGCUCCAGGGGUGCUUAAUUUACGUCUGAGACACAAACUGCUUUGCGUAAGCCGCGAGGAGUGUGAUGCUGCUUGGAAAACGUACCUACACAUGUUUUUCUACGCAAGCUUUCGAAGCUUCCAUUCGCCAGAUGCUAGAAAAGCACCCCCUGAGAUUAUGACAAUUCUCCGCCCCUGACUGGAUCACUACAGUGCAAGGCUUUUUCAAAGUCACCAACAAAAUGCAUAAACUUGUAGCAUCACAACAAAAUUAAUGUACGUACUCACAACACUAGGCCACGUGGCCGUGCACGGGGUCCUGUUAACCAGGUCAAAUUAGCACCACUCAACGGCACGCAAUGCUCUAGCACAUCGGUACUUACAAUAAAAUGUCCACAGAGGCUCUAUAGGCGAUGAACAACACACAAGCACAAUCACCAACGGCCACGCCGCGCGGCACCGACACUGCUCACAUCCGCUCUCGGAGACCAACGGCCGAAAACUGACAGAUGCGCGCGGCCUUCAAACCGCAAACGGCCGAUCUCGUUUCUGAUUGGCUGAUUGUUUCCAUUUCAAAUAUCAUCUUCACGAAGGUAAACAAGAUCCACGCAUGAAACGACUAUCUGUACCCGAGUCACGAUACCCAGGAGGAAAGAGUUUUCGUGAUGUUCUGGAUCGCGAGAGUAAUAUUGAUAUUUACAUGGUAAUAAUACUCUUCGCUGGCGAAUAAGUUCAUAUUAACCACGUACCGUUACUAUGCACAUAAUGGUAGCAGCGAGUUACCCUUUCAAUAUACUAUUAUCUUGCUGGUUUGAUGAAAAUGAACUCUCCAGGAGGUAGUAAAAAAGUUUUGAGUGUGAAUGGAAGUGAUGUGUACAAACAUUUGAAGUAUUUUCUGGACUGCGUGCAGUUAGAACUUGUUUGCUUUGUUGUAGGUGACAACUGACAAGAUAAGAAAUUGAAGCAAGACUGACCAGUGACCAGUAUGCUACAGAAUAGGUAGCCCAAUCUGCAGGAAUAUUAGAAUUCAAAAGUGGAAUUGGGACUUAGGAACUGGAAACUGCAUCAACCAUGUUUGCCAAAGUAGGUACCUAUGUACCUAGUCCUACUAGGUAGCUGCUUGAAUCUUUGGUCAAGGCUACUAUGCUGCUUAAUACAAUUGUGGUAUGCGGCAUAUUCAUUUUAUCAUAGCUUUGAGUCAAGUAAUCAACAAAUGCCUAUAGUGAGUCAUGGGUUGAAUGAAAUAAGUUCAAUAAAAAUGUCGUGUGAGUCAUGAGUUGAUUUGAAUCGAUUCAUCAAAAUGUGUGAGUUAUGAGUUGAUUCGAAUCAUUCCGUUGGCUAGUUGCUCGAGUCAUGAGUUGAUUCGAAUCAUUUUAUCGAGGAACUUGAUGAGUCAUGAGUUGAUUCGAAUCAAUUAAAUUUAACAUCAUGAGUCGUUUGAUGAAUCGAUUCAAAUUUCCAGACUCAAACAAAGAAUCGACUCAAAAAAAAUUGAGUCGUUUACAAGUCUGAUCGGCACCAAUAACUGCACGGAAGUGCGACCUCAGUCUCGGGUAGUGCACUGAAAUUGUUUACCCUUUGCUGGCGAGUAAACCCUUAUAUACGGAUACUAAGACCCACAUACUUUUUUAUCACCUACCAGGUGGUAAAUUCUUCAAUUUCCCUCACCUGGAGAGUAUUUUAGAGAUAUUACCCUCUAUGGGGCGGAUAAGCCGUUUCUCGUUACCCUUUUGUCAGAACUCUGUUGCUACUCUUUGUACGAGAGUUACCAUUUCAACUUACCCUUUUGCCAAAUAGUUAUCACUCCAAGUUGAGUUGUUACCCUCUCUCUCUCUCUCUCUCAUAAAAUAAAUCUUCCUCUGUAACCCCUUCGCGGCAGAUACAAUUUACCCUUCCCCGGAUAGUUUACUCCCCAGCGAAGAGUAACGAAAAGAAUGCAUUUUAUUCUUCCCUGGACCCUGGAGGGUAAGCUCGCUCGCUAUUCCUUCCACCGCGAGCUGCCACAGCAGACAGUCCAGGGUACAGGAAAACACCUUUAUUUAUCAUUCAGACUCCGGUCCGGUGCGCCACCGCCGGUGCCGGUCCUCAUGGAACUACGUUUAACCCGAACGCUCGUCGUUAGAGUAUCAGUUUGUCAGCCACGCUGGCGAGCUUUUUGGGCACUCGCCCCUCGUCCUUACCACAUAGCGCCUCAUCACGCAUGCCACAUUUUCGAACCGACGUGACAACGGACUCGAUACUCAGCAUUCAGAUGGCACGAUAUUCAGCGCUGCCGGUGCUGAGGUUGAAGUUGAAGUUCGCGAUGAUGUUCAUGAUGUUCCCUUGCCUGUUGAAGUAACUUUUUAUAAGGUCAUGAACUUUGUCCCAAAUUAUCUGCAACGCCCUGUACUUGCCUGUGAUUUGCCUUUGGAUAAUGUUUUAGGGACAGAUAUUCCGGGCACUGUUGUGAUGGGUCUGGUAUGCUUUCGAGAUGAGCUGUGAGACUCAAAAGCAGCCGGUUUGCCGAUCGCUUGACUUGUGUAUAUGACAUUAAUUGAUAAAUUGUAAAUGCACUUCGUCCGGCAUUGUAUGCUCGGCGAACGAAGUUUGUUGACGUUUCGCAGUUGAUCACGGUUCAGUGGACGCUGUGUGUCGAUACCACAUCACCUAUGUGCUAUACGUUUUCAAUAAUGUUGUAAUGUCUGUGAUAAUUAUGCACUGCCCACCGUGUUGCUGACCAACUUGAUGUUUUUAUGACAAUAUAUGGACAGGAUUGUAUUGUAGUUUGUUUGUGGUCUGGUCUAACGAUGUUGCACUAGUUUGCUUCUUAACGUCCAAGCAGUUUGCCUCAUUAAGCGUUAAGAACAAUACCGUGUGACCGUACUGUCGUCCUACGCGCCCUUCAAACUCUGUUGGCCUCUAACCUUGGAGCCUCCUUCGAACUGAGAAGGUCACCUGGCGAGUUGCUGUUCCACCAAACAGACGUCAGCGUCCACCAACAGUCACGGUGGGUGCGCAGUUCUGCUCAGUGGUACCUCCAUCGGGCGAGUACACUGUGACUCACUGUUCCAGCCGGUACGGGCUCUCUGACCGCCCCAAUGUCAAGGUAGCUAAGCAGCUCCGUGACGCUGCAGCCCACAAGCAGUGCCCACCUGGGAACUCCAGGCGGCAGUCAACACGUCUGUGUGGCCACUGAGCCAGGACACACCUCCCCAAACAUCCUGAUGGCGGCGCAGGACCUCAGGCGGAUCUGCCGGACGGCGGCAGCUAUAAAGGCUGGAGGAACUCCGGAAGGAAAGCAGUGUGGAGUCCGGGUGAAGGUGUAUCAGCGAGCUGUGCCCGGUGUUAUCCUCAGGUCAGACUCGAAAAGGUAAGUGUUUGGUGCUAACUCUGUGGGUCGUGCGGAAAUCCAAUUAUUGCUGGAAGGACCUUUUGCCUAAGAAAUGUUUAGUGUUGUGAGGUCUUCAGAUCGUUCAUUAUUUUUCAGCAAUAAGUUGAAAGUUUUCGUAGAAAACAUGCGUCUUCCUUCGUAGCUGCUCAACAUUGGCGUUAUCCCCGCUUAAUUUUAUAACAUUAUGCUUUGUGAGCAUUUUACAUUUCAAAGCUUACGAAGCUCAACACUCCAUUGCCAUCUAACCCAAGUUACUAUUGAGUGUUGACCACGUAUACCAGGGCGUCGUGUAUGCUGUGUGCGGACUGCUGUUGUGUGCCGUCCUCUGACGCCACGCCUCUGUCUGUGCCCCAGCCGCCCAGAAUGCAGGUGCUGCUGCCGCUGCUGGUGGCGCUCGCGCUGUGUGCCGAGCUCAGGGCUCAGUUCUGGCCGGGCGCGGUGGUCGGGGCUGGUAUCGCGCUGGAGUCGGCAGGGAUCGGCUACAUCGCCGGCCGGGCGUCGCGGCGACACCACCACCACCACCACCGCGGCUACUACGGUCGUCGGCGCCGCGCCACCGGCCUCGGCCCGGUCCCCACUGCAGCUGAGUUCUCCGCCGGCGGUCCCGCGGUGGACGAGGACCCCGCGCUGACGGCGGCGCUGGAGGCCGCCGAACUGGACGCCUAUUUCCGCGUGAUCGCCGCUGAGGACCUGCUCGACUGCGGCCUGAGACUGGUCUGCGAACUGGGUGCGGAGGAGGACCUGGGUCGGAUGGAUGAACGGCAGCGCAAUGUGAUCGCCCUGUUCAGGUCCGAGGCGGCUGCACUGGAGAGCACCAUGAGUCCCGCCAGGCAGCGUUAUGUGAGCGCCUUCCACCGUGGGCAGAGGUUCGGGGAGGCAGAGCGCUGUGGGGAGAUGUACCCGCUGUGUCCGGCCAGCGGCCAGGAGAUCAUGGCGGCCCUGAGGACCGUCAGUCGUUGAGGACAAACCGUCAGCCGAUGAGGGCGAACCGUCAGUUGCUGAUGACGGACCGUCAGCCGCAGACAACGGACCGUCAGUCGCUGAUGACGAACCGUCAGCCGCUGAUGACGGACCGUCAGUCACUGAUGACGGAUCGUCAGCAGCUGAUGACGUGUCGUCAGUCACUGGUGAUGUUUGAUGGGAGAGGGAGCUAAUAUGUGGUGAAGCGGGAGCUGAUAAUGGGCCCACGGUAGGGACAAGUUACUAUUAGCGCCCGGACGGGUCCUGCAGCUUGUGCUGCCAUCUGGUGGGGCGGCAGUUGAUUACGCCCGAUGACCGUCGAGGUGCUUGGGCGUCAGUGGAUGAUGACGGAUGGCAACUUAUAGUGGCGUGAGAUGAUAAGUUUGUCACAGACUGACGGCUCACUGUGAGCCAUACUGUCGGCUGAUUGUUACUGUCAUUACGUCUAAUAUGUUUCAUAAAGUCAUUAAAUGACGACAGUACCUGUCACUUGCGUGGCAUAUCGGGUAUAUCAACAUGUGCUGCAUACCAUGACAACUGUAUGUAGCCUGGUGUUUAAUAAUCGCUUGUGCAGCUCAACGCUUGACCUGUCAACUUGGACCGAAUAAACGACGUUCUGUA